AUGAGCAGCAGGUACGAACUGAAAAACUUCGAUACCGACAUGAAGGAGGAGAGGCAAGGCCGAUUGAAGGAAAUUAUUUAUGACCUUCUCAAUGAAGCAGAAAACCGCUCCUGGCCCCAAAACCUUGCUAGACGCAUUAAGGAGAGCUGUGAUGAAGAGUUCAAAGGCACCUGGAACUGCCAUGUAGGUCCCAGCUUCGGAAGUUCCUUCCCGUACGAGUCCAAGACCUAUUUCUACUGUGAAUGGGACGAUCUCAGCAUCCUGGUGUACAAAUUCCAAUGA